AUGUCUCUUACACAGAAGGAUCUGAAAGAUCAAGCUUUGAAAGUUGAAGUAAUUGCUGACGGUUCAGAUGUGGAAUCGUUGAAUUUCAAAUACUCCAAACAGGAUAUCGAAGAAGCUAGUGAGAUCUUCCACUAUGAGAAUAAAUUAUCCUCCAAAUUGAAUGCUAGAUUGAUUGGUAUGAUUGCUUUGGUGGGUGUUUUCGGAACCGGGUUGUUUCUUUCCAGUGGAGGAACAUUACAUACAACUGGCCCCGUUGGUAUGCUACUUGGAUAUGUGUUAGUUGGUACUGUUGUUGGUGCUUCGCAAAUAAGUCAAACUGAGGUGGCUUGUUUAUAUCCGGCAACUUCGGCUUAUGUGGCACAUGCUGAACACUUUGUUGACAAGGCGUUGGGAUUUGCAAUUGGUAUCGUCGGUACAUACUCGGCAAUUGUCCCCAGUGAACUUGCUGCCGUUUCGGUGAUAAUGACCUACUGGUCGGAUAUAAACCCUGCUUUAUGGAUAUCCAUCUUUGGCGUUGUCAUCAUUGCCACCAAUUGCUACAAUGUGAAAUGGUAUGGGGAGAUUGAGUUCUUUUUUGGUAUAUUAAAGAUUUUACUCUGUCUUGGAUUGAUCUUGGUUGGAUUGAUCAUUGACUUGGGUGGAGUGCCAGGCCAACAAAGACUUGGGUUUCAUUACUGGAAGCACCCGGGCCCAUUUGCUGCCAAAUAUGCUACUGGAUCCUUGGGCAAAUUCUUGGGUUUUUGGAAAGCUGUCAGCUCAAUUGUGUACGCCUUUGGAGGAGUUCAAUCUAUUGCAAUGUUGGCGGGAGAAACAAAGUUUCCCAGAAGAGCUAUACAUCGUGCUGCAAAGAGAGUGUUCCUUAGAGUCUUGGUGCUUUACCUUGUGAUGGUGUUUAUUUUGACAUUGAUUGUACCUUACAAUGAUCCAGUGAUUGCGCAACCAAGUGGAACUGCCUCUGGGUCGCCAUGGGUGAGAGCUAUAUCACUUGCCGGUAUCAAAGUUCUCCCACAUAUAAUCAACGCUGUUGUCUUGACUUCUGCUUUGUCUGCCGCCAAUUUGCUGAUAAUCAAAGGAAGCAGAACAAUCUAUGCCCUUGCUAUCAAGAAACAGUUGCCAAAAUUCUUUUUGAAAAUCAACAAGCAUGGAUUGCCAUAUAUUGCCGUGGGAUUUUGCUCUUGCUUUAUCCCAUUGGCGUAUUUGACAGUUAGCCAAACUUCGGCGAAUGUGUUCUCAUGGUUCCAAAACAUCACCUCAUCCGUGUUGUUGUGCGAUUGGAUUGUGAUUUCAAUCAACCAUAUUGCUCUCCACAGAGCAAUGAGUGCACAAGGUUACACCAGAAAGGAUUUGCCAUACACAUUCAUUGGUGGUAAAUAUGCAGGGUGGUAUUCGUUAUUCUUUUCGGUGUUGUUCUUGUUGACUGGUGGUUUUCCUGUGUUCAUUCAUGGCUACUGGGAAUUUGCCAACUUUUUCAGUGCAUACUUUGUGAUUGUGUUGGCUUUCGUAUUUUUUGUUGGGGGAAAGAUCUUUUUCAAGACGAAGUUCUUGAAGCCAUCAGAUGUUAGAUUGAAGCCAUUGUUUUACGAUGUGGAACUCAGAUCGGAGCCUCCUUUUAAGAAGUUGAAGGGAUGGGAGUGGCUUACAUUGUUAUGGGGAUAA